AUGCUCACCCUCACCAACAUCUGCCGCCUCCCGACCAAGCUCCGCCGCCGCGCCCGCCGCCGCCGCAUGGCCACGCUCUGGCUCCUCGCGCUGCUGGCGCUCGUGGUCCUGGUGCCCGUGUACGCCGUGUAUAAGCCCCCGACGAUCCUGCUGCGGCACCUGGCGCGGCGGUGGCCGGACGUGCUGUGGCAGGUGGACGGGCUGCCGGCGGACCGCCGCGUCGUGGCCCUGACCAUUGACGACGCGCCGUCGGACCAGACGCCCGAGAUCCUGCGCCUGCUGCGGGAGCACGGCGCCCGGGCCACCUUCUUCAUCAUCGGCGGCCAGGUCGAGGAGGACGGCGGGCGGCGGAGGGAGGUGCUCCGGCAGAUUGUGCGCGAGGGCCACGAGCUCGGCAACCACGCAAUGCACGACGAGGCCGCCCGCUCCCUGAACCCGGCCGAGCUCGAGGAACAGAUCCUGCACGUCCAGGAGCUGCUGCGCGACGCCUACGCCGACUCCGACACGACGAGCACGACCACAACGAAUACCCCACGAUACCAGUACUACCGCCCAGGCUCCGGCUUCUUCACCGACUCGAUGCGCAAGCUGGUCGCCCGCCUGGGCUACCGCCUGGUCCUGGGCAGCAUAUACCCACACGACGCGCAGAUCACCAACUGGCGUCUGAACGCGAGGCACAUACUCAGCAUGCUGAAGCCAGGGAGGAUCAUCAUCUGUCACGACCGGCGGAGCUGGACCGUGCCGAUGCUGUCCAAGGUCUUGCCAGAGGCCAAGAGGCGAGGCUACAGGUUCGUCACCGUCACGGAGUUGCUCCUCGAGGCAGAAGAGGUUCUCGGGGAGACGUGA